AUGGUCUCUCUCUCCUCUCUUGCAACUGUAUUGUUGCUUUCGUCGACCACUUUGGCAGUCGAAGGUGUCACCAUCUACCAUAAAGAUGAUUUGAUUGUAAGCACAUGUAAAACCAUGUUGGGCAAAGCAGCCGUGCUUUUCAACGCUACAACAGAUAAGGCCGGAUACUGUAACCGCAAAAAUCAACAAGCUUUGGGCUCGAUGGCUACAUGCUUGAAGAUGUCCAAGAAUGAGCAGGCCGUUGAUACCUUCAUCACCCUGUGUGCCAAAUACAACUUGACUGCAGAGCAGUUUAUGGCCUCUUACAACAACGCUUCGAACUUUUUGGUUAAAAAUGUUACCGCUAAUCCAACUUACAAGAAAGGAAAGCUUUUCUACUACCCAGUUCAGAUUCCUGCAAAGACUCUUAAAGGUGCUUUUGACUCCAACAUCGGUAGAUACUACAACUACAACAGGGCUAAUUACUACGGUUGGGUUCUUUUGGCCUACUGGUUCGCUUUAAUUCUUCUUGCCGGCGCUUGUCGUUUGGUCAAAUUUAUUGCACCUAAGUUUGUUCAGUCCUUGAACGGAAAGGUCACCAACCUCUACAGAAAGUACAUUUCUUUGCCUGCUCUUGUGAAGGAGAAGAGGGUUGCACACGGUGCGAUUUUCAAGGUUUUCGAGUUCAUUAUUCCAUCUCGUUUGGAGACCAUCCAAAUUUUCGUCUACUUCAUCUUGACCUUGGCCUUCAAUGUCGCUAACUUCCACCAUGAUUCUCCAAACAGUAUCUGGACCGUUCAGUCCGCUGAGAUUGGUAGAAAGAUUGCCGACAGAUCUGGUGUCAUGGUCUUGUACUUGAUUCCACAAUUAAUUUUGUUUGGUGGUAGAAACAACUUCACCCGCUGGAUUUCUGGCUGGUCCUACGCCCGUUUCAAUGUUAUUCACCACUGGAUGGGAAGAAUUGUCAUGAUUUUAAUCAUUGUUCACGCUGUUGGUAUGACCUUCAACGGUAAGGGUAUUGGAAAGUACGACUCUCGUAACAAGAAGCCUUACGUGCGUUGGGGUUACGUUUCAACUGUCGCUGGAUGCCUCAUGUGCUUCCAUUCUAUGGCAAUUUUGCGUAAGACCCGUUAUGAGUUGUUUGUUCUCAGUCACAAUGUUUUGGCUGUAGUGUUCAUCAUGGGCGCUUGGCUUCACAUCGAGAAUGACGAGUUCGAGCAGUUCACUAUUGCCGCAACUGCAGUCUGGGCUUUUGACAAGGUGAUGAGACUCGCAAGAAUGGCAUGGUUUGGAGUCCAAACCGCUGACGUUCAAUUGAUCGCCAACGAGACUCUCAAAGUUAGAGUUCCCAAGCCUUCUAGAUGGAAGCCAUAUCCUUUGUGUCACGCAUACAUCUACUUCUUCAGAGCUUCUUGUUUCUGGCAAUCGCACCCUUUCACUGUUGUGUACUCCACUGUUGACCAAAAUGAGAUUUCCUUUUUCAUUAAGGUCAAGGGUGGCAUGUCCAACAGCCUUUACCAGUAUUUGAGCAACCAACCAGACCAAAGAGCUAGCAUCAAGUGUUCCGUUGAGGGUCCUUACGGAAGUCAAGAGCCUUUGCAACACUACGAGUCUCUUGUUUUCUUCGCCGGUGGUAACGGUAUCCCAGGUUUAUUUGCUAGUGCCCUUGAGUUUGCUCUGAAGAACACCAACCAAAAGGUGAAGCUUUACUGGACCAUUCGUCACUGGAAAUCCAUGGAAUGGUUCUACACAGAAUUUUUGUCUUUGAAAGACACCAAUAUUGAAGCCGUCGUGUAUGUCAGCAGAUACGACACCAAAUUGGAUGAAGAUUUCAUUGAAAAAUUCCAACCAGAACUGUCUUCAUCAUCCAGUGAAAAGGAUCUUGAUGCCAAGAACUCCCAAGAUCACGUUGCUCGUCUCAUGGAGUCUCUUAGCUUCGUUGACUUCAGAAGCGGCAGACCAAACAUUGAAGAGGUUGUUCAGCAAGAGAUCAGUGAAACCAGCCGUUCUAUGGCUGUUAUUGCAUGUGGUCACGACCAAUUUGUUGAUGCUACCCGUAAAGCAGUGGUCAACAACUUGCCAGUGGGUAAGAGAGUGGACCUCAUUGACACUAUGGAAGUCUGGUAA